AUGCAAGAAAAUCACUUUUACAAAAACCGCAAAUUGCCCGUAGGCAAUCUAUACUUCAAACACUGGUUAACGCAUGCAUAUUUUCCAAGAAUACAUUCGUUUGCAGAUACGACCGUGAAUAGCAAGAUUGUGACUGCGGCAUACAACGAGGAAUUUAAUGCCGCUAGGAUUUAUGCUGAGCAGAAAUUUGAUCGCAAAGCAUUAGAAAAAUUUAAACAUGCGGAAUCUAAGUAUAAGAAUGUGAACAAAUACGCUGAUCCGGGCGUCGUCGUGCGAGGUCUUAGUCUAUGGGACAAAAAGUGCCAGCUCUGUAGACAUUCAAAGGGUCAGUUGUACGAGUUCCAUCGUCAUGCGCUUAGCAUCCUGAGGUGUUCUUGCGUCAAGCUGCUACGGGCUAUGCCUAGACAAAAAAUAUUUACGGAAAUUUUUACGGAAGAAAAGAGAAUGCGUCAAAAAAACGAACAACAGCGGAAUAAGGAGAUAAUAAAGAAUAAUAUAGAGAAUAUUAUCCAUCGCUGUACAGAAGCACUAGCGGGAAUGUGCACGAACAAAGAAAAAAUCGUGUACAAAGCUGUGCACACAAUUCUUACUCGAAUAAACAUCGAUGACGUCAAUCCGAAUGAUCCAAUGGCAUCUGGGGUGCUAGACCUGACGAUGUUGGGUGACACCUACAUGAAAGAGUUGCCAGAAGACGUUCUAGAGUUGCUAACUGUCAGCAACCUUUUAAAAGAAGUUGAACUGCCGCCGCGAGCCCAAGAAUUACUUGACGAAUUUGAAAAGACGUACAAGGAUUUGGGAACUGAUUUCUGUCUAUCAGAUAUGGAUGGAAUUGGUUACCCAGUGGGUAUAGAAGAUCGUCAGCUCAAGAAGAAUAUGGGGAUGAUAUGGGGUGUCCUAGAGGGGCUGCGGAAUAUCUGGACGUGCACACCAAGAUUGGAUGAGUCGGACUACAUAUACAGUGAAAAUGCCCUUGUGGUAGAAGCU